GCCCACCUAUCAACUCACACCAUCCUUCAUCUCUUCAUAUUUCAUAUACCAUUCUUCCUCAUCUUGAUCACCUCCCAGCAAAUAUAUCAAAUGGCAUCUCAACUUCGCUUAUUCCUGCACCUUCUUAUAGCGGCUAGUAUGGCAGCAUCCGCCCUGGCUGCAAAUUUCAACCAAGACGUCCAAAUGUACUUUGGCAAUGGACGGGGCAGAGUGACUCAGGGAGGCAAAAUGGCAGCUCUCACUCUCGACAGAGAAUCAGGCUCCGGCUUCCAAUCCACCAACGAAUAUCUUUUCGGCAGAUUCGAUAUGCAGGUCAAGCUCAUCCCCGACAACUCUGCCGGAACCGUCACCACUUUCUACUUAUCUUCUCUAGGAGACAGACAUGACGAAAUUGAUUUCGAAUUCCUGGGCAACGUCUCCGGCCAGCCUUACACCAUCCACACCAAUGUAUACUCUCAAGGGAAAGGAGGCAGGGAGCAGCAAUUCCAUCUCUGGUUCGACCCCACCGCCGCCUUCCACACUUACUCCAUUGUUUGGAACUCUCAGCGCAUCAUCUUUCUCGUUGACAACAUUCCCAUCAGAGUUUACCGCAACCACGAGAGCGUGGGGGUCCCGUUCCCCAAGGAUCAGCCCAUGAGGGUCUACUGCAGCUUAUGGAAUGCGGACGAUUGGGCUACGCAGGGGGGCCGUGUCAAGACUGAUUGGACUAAGGCACCUUUCACGGUUUACUACCGGAACUUCAAUAUUGAUGCCUGCGUCGUCUCCGGCGGCCGCUCGUCUUGCGAUUCCACGUCAUCCGCUGAUCCGGUGAACAACAAUCAGGCAUGGCAGACGCAGGAUAUUGAUGCGAGUGGGAGGAAUAGGUUGAGAUGGGUGCAGAGCAAAUAUAUGGUUUACAAUUACUGUGCGGAUUCCCAGAGGUUUCCUGCAGGUUUUCCUGCAGAUUGCAAGAACUCAAGAUUCUGAUCUAUAAGAAAUUAAAAUGGGAAUUUACUCGGAUAUGAUUGUAGUUCUUUAAUUUGUGAUCCACUGUAAAGCAUGCAUUAUGUAAUACAUUAAUAAAAUUCUUUUAUUCUUGGUACUAUACA